AUGAUCAAUCCUGCUAGUAUAAUUCAUCCAAUUGAGACACAUCCAGGAGCCGUCAUAACGGCUAUCGCGUCCCGAAACCUCAAAACUGCGCAAGUAGCAGCCAAGAGGUAUUCUAUCGAACGGGCCUAUGGCUCUUAUGAGGAACUCCUACAGGAUCCGGAGAUUGAUGCUAUAUACAUCAGUUUGCCAAACGGCAUGCAUGCUGAAUGGGCUAAAAAGGCAAUGGACGCUGGGAAGCAUGUAUUAAUCGAGAAGCCCGCUGCGUCAAAUGCAGAAGAAGCAACGGUUAUCUUUGAUGCGGCAAAGAAAACUAAUCGUGUGGCUUUGGAGGCUUUUCACUGGCAGUUCCAUCCGGCUGCACAUGUGGUGCGCUCAUUGAUUGAGUCUGGGAGAUAUGGACGAGUGAUCUCUACCGCUUCACGGAUGACCACACCAGCUAAUUCAAUCCCCAGAGGAGAUAUUCGCUGGCAAUAUGACCUUGCUGGUGGGAGCUUGAUGGAUAUGACGUACGUUGUAUCGUCCACACGGUAUUUCCUCGAUGCUGGAACACCACAGCGGAUUGAUUACGCGAAAGCGCGGCCACUACCAUCUGAUAAACGAGUUGAUGAAGCUAUGGAUGCAAGGAUGUAUUUCAAGUCGGAAGUCGCGGCAAAUUCUGGUCUUGUGAAGAGUGAUAUUAAAACCGACAUGAAUCAGCCAUACAUUGGUCACAUUGUUCCAAGAGUCUGGGAAGCACCUUCAAUCUUGAUCGAACUGGAGCAUGCUAAUAUUUAUUUUUACAACUUCAUGAUGCCGCAUGUGUUCCACUACAUCGAGGUCACAGAUAAGCGGACUGGUCAGAAACACACUCAGAAGCACUACAAUUUUGGACCCGAAUGGGGAGCGUGUUCAGAACCGUGGUGGAGUACCUACCGAUACCAACUGGAAGCUUUUGUAGACAAGGUUACAGGCAAGAAACCUGUCCAUUGGAUCUCUCAUGAAGAUAGCGUCGCACAGAUGCGAACAUUGGAUGCAAUAUAUGAAAAAUCUGGUCUCGCGGGUGAGAAAUUCUUCAUGUUUACACGGCAAAUUUGA